UCCUCAGCUAGUCAAGAAACACAGCCCUAGAUAUCUGAGUCAUUGCUUCAUAUCCUGCCUCGCUUCAGCACUUCCUCAUUUAAAGCAGAGGCUCCUCGGAGCAAUAGACUGUACUUUCUCGAUAUCCUGCCUGAAUUUGUUGAAAUUCUUCAUAGCCUUCCCCUCCCGCUCAGCAAGAGGAGCCCAUAGAGCCAGCCCUCCCCUGCAGGGGCCGAACACUCCUACACAUACACAGAAGGUGGCAGUCCAAUUCAGACAGCUGGGACGCUGCAGGCAUAUAUCAGCAGAGAGAUCUUCACUUUAACAGAGACAACAGGAGCAGCUGGAGAGCUUGGUGAAGUUAGUGACGUGGAAAGGUUCCUAAGAGGUGGGAAGCCACAAAAAUGAAAUGGGAGACACUCUGGACGGUUGCCUGCUUGCUGUUCGCAUCUCUACCCAAAGGUCAACCAGAUGCAACGUGCCAUGCGUUUGUUGGAGAAAGUGUCAUUUUGCCUUGCACCACCACCUCUCCCAGUGAACUGGAUGUUUCCCAUUUGAUGCUCUUCUGGCAGAUAGAGUCUAACAUAGUGCAUUUUUUUCACAAUGGAGAAGAUCAGCUAACGUUCCAGAAUGCAAAUUACAGCGGCAGAACCAGUCUGUUUUUGGAUCAGGUGAAGCACGGCAACUUUUCCCUUAAGCUCUCCAAUGUCCAGCUAGAGGAUGCAGCUGUAUAUUCCUGCAUCGCUAAGCAGUCUGGGAAUCAUCCCACACCAACAGAGAAAUCUAAAAUUCAUCUCAAUGUAUCGGAUCGAUCUAGCACUGUGGAGACACAUUCCCCUCAUGGACAGAGCCGGAUUUCCUCAAGAAGCCCUGGCAACGUACCACAUCUGGACGUACUCCUCUCUUUUCAUCUCCUGGUCACACUGGCGGGUUGGCGCUUGUAAACAGGGAAGCUUACCUCCCCUUUGGAGCUGUCCUCAACAGGAGCACCUUGCUGGAGAGAAGAGCUCUGCAAGGUCAUCGUGACAAGUGCUCCUGAAAGAGACACCAACAUCUGAAAACAGAGCCAGCAGUAGGUGUCUGUGUCUCGCGUUCUGGUGCUCUGGAAAACCGAAGGCAGCAAAACUCACAGGAGGCAAGCCUGCUUUUUCAUCUGGAUCUUGGAGACCAGUAUUGGUGCUACAGUAUUAACAUUUUAUUCUGAAUUUUAUGGUUCUGUUUUAAUGACUGACAGAGCUACAAGGACACACGGUCGCCCUAGUGAGAUCUUUUGCCUAAGAACUCGUCUCCUUCAGGAGAGGGGGCAAUUACUCCGUUAGAUAAAAACUGGAAGUAGGAAGAGGCACACUUUGUGAAACAUAAGGAUGGAAACCAUAUGAAACUCGAGGACUGUGGAACUUCAGCUUCUAUUUUUAGCGCCGAGCGUCAUGGACAAGCGGAAGCAAUAUCUUUUUUCCUAAAAAAAUGAACUACUUCUUCAUCAGAAGGGUGAAGCUGACAGAGGAAGAUGAUGAAAGUUCAGAAAACAUCAGCACAGCGGAAGGAAGUGAUGGAUUAUUACAAAACCCACUUCUAACUAAGCCAAAGUCCUCAGAAGGCUGAAUUCAGCAUUUUCUCUAUUUGCUGUGAGUUGCACCCGCCAGGUGAGAGCAACACAGCCCUUGUGGCUGAGCCCCCAGCUGGGGCAAAGCGGCUCCUAAGGACACCCAGUGGGUCAUCUGGAUUUGGAACAGUUCCACCCUCUUUCCAAAGGAAAGAUAGGAUUGUUUUUGCAAGGAAAGGAACAGAAGAAAGCAGUGCUUAAAAUGGUAUCCAUUGAGGUAAAGGAGACUGUUACCUUUGACUUUCUUUAGUUAAGGGCCCUUCCCCGUGGGAGGGGAAGAGGGAAAAUCCCACACGCAGCCUGUGCUGCUGCUGCAGGGCUCUCAGCUGGUAACUUCGUCUGCCCUGGGUAUAGAGCAGCUUAGUAGAGCUGCUGGGGUCCCAUUUCAUGAAAAGAUUUUAAUAUGAGAAUUGUACAUACUGUGAUCGUCUCUCUGUGUCCUGCCCUCCCACUGUUCGUCUCAGAUUCCAUAUAUUUAAACAAAACAAACAAACAAAAUAAAAAUAAAACAAUUGGUGAAAGCAA